AUGUACAAGGAACGUAGUGGGUCGUCGAGAUCAGAGAUCCUCGGCGGAGGAGCAAUCGAUCGGAAACGAAUCAACGAAGCACUCACCAAGAAGCUAGAGAAACCAUCACCUUCCACCUCUAGAGCUUUCGUUAAACCUCAGCUUCCUGAUGAUGAUUUCAAUCUUUGUGGGUUAAGUGGUCAAGUUCCUUACUAUGAAUAUGCACUUGAUCUCAUUCUUGAUGUCGAAUCUUCAAACAGUGAGAUGUUUACUGAAGAACAGAAUGAACUUGUGGAAUCAGCUGCUGAGAUGUUGUAUGGUCUUAUUCACGUUCGUUACAUUUUGACUACUAAAGGAAUGGCUGCUAUGACUGAGAAGUACAAGAACUGUGAUUUUGGGAGAUGCCCUAGAGUCUUCUGUUGCGGACAGUCUUGUCUACCUGUUGGACAGUCUGAUAUACCGAGAUCGAGUACAGUGAAGAUGUACUGCCCGAAAUGCGAAGAUAUAUCUUACCCGCGGUCUAAGUUCCAAGGCAAUAUUGAUGGGGCAUACUUUGGAACAACAUUCCCUCACUUGUUUUUGAUGACUUACGGAAACUUGAAGCCGCAGAAACCGACUCAGAAGUAUGUCCCGAGAAUCUUUGGGUUUAAGGUGCAUAAACCAUGA